AUGACCUAUGCGGGUGGUCACAAAUAUCAGGCAUUGACACCUUUGAUUGGACUAGGCGUACCGGUCCAACACCAAGUUUUGGGACUGGACCGCAAUUUGAUAACACAUUUAAAAACAAUAUACGAUAAGCAGUUGCAGACGGUUUAUGGAAUACUGUAUAUUCUUAGUCUCAGUGGCUCCGGGCACUAUCUGUAUAUAGAAGCUUCCGCUCCUCGUACGAAAGGAGAUUUCGCCGAUUUAUUAAGUCCACCUUUGUAUACUCCAAGAAAUGUCUAUACAGUGAACGUCCGUUUCGAUUACAAUAUGCAUGGUGAUGGAAUAGGAAGUUUGGAAGUAUAUGUCAUUUAUGCAAAAUAUAACUUUACAGAGAAGCUAUUAAACGUAAAACAAGGCAACCAAGGAAGUCACUGGCUGACGCAUCAUUUGCAGUUUCAUCCUCAAUACAAUGAAUAUCAUAUAUUUUUCCGUGGAAUAAUUGGUGAUAAUUAUAAAAGCGAUAUUGCCAUUGAUGAUAUAGCUGUCUACGUCCAAGAAAUCAAUUGUGUAACUGGAAAUGGAAGAUUCUUUCGUGGGACAAAUUCUUUUACGAAAAGUGGCUUGACAUGUCUUGCAUGGAAUUCAUUAGCCAGGUUUAAUCCGCGUUUGUAUCCGAUGGAUGAUUUAAAGCGAAAUUACUGCCGCAAUCCCGGAGGUCUCCGGUCAAGACCGUGGUGUUAUGUGACAAGUGGCUCAUCAAACGGAAGUUGGGAAUACUGUGGCGUAACCCAGUGUCUUCCUAGUUCAAUUAAACAAUUAUCAGGCUAUCCUGGAGGACAUCGAAUUCCUGUUAAGUUAGUUGGUGGGCAAGCAAAUUAUGGGCGAGUUGUAGUAUACCAAUAUGGACAGUGGGGAACAGUCUGUAAUCAAAAUUUUGGAACGGCUUCCGCUACAACCAUUUGUCGUCAACUUGGAUUACCAACACCGGGAUACAGAUUGAAACAUUCUAUUAGUUCGGGCUCUGGUAGAAUUUGGAUUGAACGUUUGGACUGCUUUAGUUAUUCGAAGGAUCUAUCGGAAUGUACUAUCUCUUGGAAUUCCUCCUAUUGCAUUCACCAAGAGGAUGUAGGAGUACGCUGUGGACCAUUAAAUGAUAAUAAAUCAAUUUCUACUGUUACUCCAAUCAAUAAAGCACCAAUAAGCGUGGAAUUAUUAGGUGGCAGCAGCAACGAAGGCAUAGUUGUUGUCAACCUUAAUGGUAGUAAAGGAAUAAUUUGCGAUUUAGAUUGGAAUAUCAAAACUGCCGAUGUCGUUUGUCGAACGUUGGGAUUUGUUGGGGCUAAAAGAAGUUAUGGUAAAUAUUUUCCUAAGAGGACCUGGAGAACAUUGCUGACGUCCAUAUCGUGCAAUGGGUAUGAAAGUUCUUUCCGUCAAUGCGGUUACUCUAUUCAACCCGGAGUGAACAGUUGCAACACAAAAGUAGCAGCAUCCGUCACAUGUGAAACUGAUAGUAGUGAUGCCGCCAUGAAAUGUGAUUUUUCAAACGGAUUCUGUCAAUGGAAAAAUUUAAUAACAAAUGAUCUGAAAUGGCUUUGGCACAAAAAUGGGUAUCAUUUUUCACCAAUCUUCUCCAAUAAUGAUAUGUCAUUCAUAUAUUUAACCCUUGCAAUGCAAAAAACGAAGAGUGAUGGUAGGGCUACUCUCCUAAGUCCUAGAUUAAGAAAAAGUUCUACAGUUCAGAUGUUUUUCAAAUAUUUAAAUACCGGCAGUGGCGUAAAGAAGCUGAUUAUCGAAUAUUUGGAUGAUAAUGCAUUUACACAUAAUAUUAAUACUAUUCAGUUGGGAUCAUUUCAAAAUGAUGUAUGGAUCCAGCGAGCAUUUAGCUUUUAUCCACCGGGAAAAAGUUUUCAAAUACGAAUUGUAGCGGUCUAUGAUACAGCAGAUAAUACUAAUGGUGGUGCAAUUUUAAUUGAAAAAAUAAACUUAUCAGGAUGCUCUCCUUAUACACGAAAAAGUAUUACAAUUGUUGCUUUGAUAACAAUCGCUGGGAGUGUUGGUUUAGUACUGACCAUCGUAGUGGCCUUCAUACGGAUUCGACGAAGAUACUCGUCAGCAAGAAAUCGGUCGACAAACAUACCAGCUGGAUUAUAUGACAGGAUACAUCAAAGUUUAGCUACGUCAAACUCAAAUGCUAGUUUACCAGCUUAUUGCCCGACAACACCUAUUGGCCACCAAUCAUUUGCAGUUCAUGAUCAGCCUACAAUAAUCCAAGGGCAGCAAAUUCGUAUUUUAGAAUUAAGUUAUGGAUGUCAGAAAAUAACAUCAGGGAAAUCUUAA